AUGGACCGACAUGUUGGUCAUCUGCGGUCUCGCGAUAACGGUUUCGACUUCGAAUUGUACCGUUAUGUCCCUUCUCUGGCAGCGGCUAUUGUAUUCACCGCCGUCUUCGCUAUCCUUACAGCCCUUCAUUCUUGGAGACUUUACCGCUUGCGCGCACUGUACUUUACCGCGUUCACUAUCGGUGGCCUUUUUGAAACCGUUGGCUAUUGCGGGCGUAUCUGGUCGCACUUCGACGAUCAAGCCGUCGGUGGCUUCGUCAUGCAAGCGAUCCUCAUCCUGGUUGCCCCGGCCCUCUUUGCUGCGUCGAUCUACAUGAUUCUGGGUCGCUUGAUCCGCGCUUUAUGCGCCGAGCAUCUGUCUCUUAUGCCGGUGAGGUGGCUGACCACUAUCUUCGUGGUAGGCGACGUCCUGUCUUUUACACUGCAAGCUGGUGGUGGAGGUAUUCAGUCUGCAGGGACGCUGGACUUGUUCAAUCUCGGGGAGAAGAUCAUAGUGGUGGGGUUAUUUCUGCAAAUCGCCUUCUUUGGUUUCUUCGUCGUCACAGUUGUUCUAUUCUAUCAGCGACUCCGGGCUCACCCUACGCGCGAAGCCCGGCACAACGAAAUCUCGUGGCGGCGACAUCUUCUGGUCUUGGUCGUCGUUAGUAUCACCAUCUUGGUGCGGAGCAUUGUCAGGGUGGUCGAAUAUCUGCAGGGAAACAGCGGCUACGUCAUCGCCCACGAGGUCUUCCUGUAUAUCUUGGAUGCCGCGUUGAUGGCAGGAGUUAUGGCUGUUUUACUCGUCUACUACGUUAGCGACUUGAAAAUAGCUUUGGACAGGAUCAAAGCGAUAUCUUCGCCUUUGGGAACCGACUAUCCACUGGAACUACUAAGGAGAGAAUGA